CCCAGGCCGGGCCUCCGCUAAAGGCGCGGAGCAUCAGGCGCUGAGAGCGCAGAGUAGAGAGAGCAGUGAUCGCUAAAGAGAAGUGGGAGACAAAGAUCGCGCCGUCCCAGCCCGCCCGCCAGCGUCCAAGCAGUUCCCGCACCCUUAACCUGCCGGCCUUUACCCGGCUCGACCAGCGGCCAUGCAGCCCCGAGGCUGAGGCGGCCCCAUGGCGAAACCCGCGUCCCCGCGGUCCCGGCAACGACGGCGCAUGGAGAACUUCCGUAAGGUGCGCUCCGAGGAGGCGCCGGGGGGUGGGGGGGUCGAGGGGGGCGGCCCGGGCUCCGGCCCCUUCGCAGACCUGGCGCCCGGCGCUGUACACAUGCGGGUCAAGGAGGGCAGCAAGAUCCGGAACCUGCUGGCCUUCGCCACCGCCAGCAUGGCGCAGCCAGCCACUCGCGCCAUCGUCUUCAGCGGCUGCGGUCGGGCCACCACCAAGACCGUCACGUGCGCCGAGAUACUGAAGCGCCGCCUGGCUGGCCUGCACCAGGUCACGCGGCUGCGCUACCGGAGCGUGCGCGAGGUGUGGCAGAGUCUCCCACCUGGGCCCACGCCGGGGCAGAAGCCCAGUGAGCCGGCCGCCAGUCUCAGUGUACUUAAGAACGUGCCCAGCCUCGCCAUCCUACUUUCCAAGGAUGCACUGGAUCCGCGUCAACCCGGCUACCAGCCCCCGAGCCCCCACCCUGAUCCUUCAUCCCAGCCAACCGCGCCGACGUCCAAGAGGAGCUUAAGGGAACCCGCUGCUGGAGAAGGCUCCGCGAAGCGGUCACACCCUGAGCCAGGUGCUGCGGAAGACAACCAGACGAUGACCUGAGAACUCCCUGCCCUGGGCCACCUAGACUGGCUAGAUCUUACCCCCAGCGGCUCCACCUUGAGGCGCACCUCCAGACGUUCACACCUCGGUCUUCUGGAGCUCACAGCCUGGUCUCAGCUCCUCAGACUGGUAUCAUGGACCCCACAUCACAAGAGAGGGACCCAGGGAAGCUUCGUGGGGCGAUUGCCCCUCCAUCUGUGUUGUCUGAAGGCGCAGAAUUCCACCGUCAUCUUUUCUGAGCCAUACUGGGACCCUUUUUAGGGAGGGAAUGGUGGACAGUGGAACUCUUGAGCCAUACUCAGGACCCCCACGGGUUAAAGGCACCCAGCAUUCAUGAGGGAAGCCAAGGAGAGCUCUUGGAAUCACCCCCACCAGCGGAGUGCAACGGGUGAGAAACUGGUAGGGGAGUCUGAGUUGUGGGGAGCCCCAUUCUGCCCCUCACCCCAGGACAGUUACCUUUCUAGUUUUCUUCCCCCCUGCUUUUAAGGAACAGUCUUGAGAUUAUGGUGGCCGCGGCAUUGCCACAGACUCCAGCUCUUGUAACAUCCCCCCCUUCCCCAUGCUGGCCCAGAGGGAGAGACCCAAGACAGAACUCUCCAUGCCUCCUUCUUUGAGCCCCAGCUGGAGUCUUGCUUCCAAUAAAACAAACACAAAAAUG